GUUCAUUUCUUGGUUCUGGUUGCAGGGCCAAAGUGUGUUUCUUUGGCUCUGCUCAGGGUGUGCUUCUUUGACUCGUCCUUUUCCCCUACAUACUCUGCACCACUUGCAUGCCUGGUAUCAGCAGCAGACGAUUUGAGAGACCCUGAGGUGAAUUAAGGUGGAAGCAAGCCUUCAUGUGGGUGCUGGGUGUUGAGGACUGGUCCUUUGUAAGAGCAGACAGUUUAACUGAUGAACCACCUACAGCCCUUGCUCCGGAAGUCCUUAAACUGUUCUAGGUCUAAUAUCACAAACUCAGGAAAACACCCAGAGGUUCUAGAAGGUUCUUUGUGACUUGACCGUUGAGGCAGGAUUGUAAACAAAAAUAAAAAAACAAAAAGAAAAAUUAAGAAGGGCUUGAGUUUUUCUACAGUCCAUGCUGCACGCCUACACAGACAGCCUCCAUUAACAGUCCUGGUGGCAAGAACACCCGGAGAGUAUAUAAGGGGCGGGCUGUAAAGAGGAUCACCACAUGGGCCAACCAGAGUGCAGUAGUGAAUCACGCCACCAGGUGGGCGACCAAUAGGAAUGCAGUGGGCUCUAUAAAAGCCGAGCCCUCAAGGCACCUAGCACACUCGAGGAGCAGAGGAGAAAGGGCUUCUUCACGAUGGCACGCACCAAGCAGACAGCGCGGAAGUCGACAGGAGGCAAGGCUCCGCGGAAGCAGCUAGCUAUGAAUGUGGCUCGCAAGACUGCACCGGUUACUGGCGUAGUGAAGAAGAAGCAGCACCGCUACCGCCCAGGCACUGUGGCGCUUCGUGAGAUCCGCCGCUACCAGAAGACCACCGAGUUGCUGAUUCGCAGGGCGCCGUUCCAGCACUUGGUGCAUGAGAUAGCUCAGGGUUUCAAGACUGACCUGCGCUUCCAGAGCUCUGCGCUGAUGGCGCUGCAGGAGGCCUGCGAGGCCUACCUCGUGGCGCUGUUCGAAGACACCAACCUGUGUGCCAUCCACGCCAAGCGGGUGACCAUCAUGCCGAAAGACAUCCACCUGGCUCGUCGCAUUCGCGGAGAGCACUCUGUUGACCGUCAACGGAAGAACUUCAUCCUUAAAUCAUCUGUAACCCACCUUCAUAGCUAUCGGGAUUGCCAUGGACUAAGGAAUGCAGUGGGCUCUAUAAAAGCCGAGCCCUCAAGGCACCUAGCACACUCGAGGAGCAGAGGAGAAAGGAGCUUCUUCACGAUGGCACGCACCAAGCAGACAGCGCGGAAGUCGACGGGAGGCAAGGCUCCGAGGAAGCCGCUAGCUAUGAAUGUGGCUUGCAAGACUGCACCGGUUACUGGCGUAGUGAAGAAGAAGCAGCACCGCUACCGCCCAGGCACCGUGGCGCUUCGUGAGAUCCGCCGCUACCAGAAGACCACCGAGUUGCUGAUUCGCAGGGCGCCGUUCCAGCACUUGGUGCGUGAGAUAGCCCAGGGUUUCAAGACUGACCUGCGCUUCCAGAGCUCUGCGCUGAUGGCGCUGCAGGAGGCCUGCGAGGCCUACCUUGUGGCGCUGUUCGAAGACACCAACUUGUGUGCCAUCCACGCCAAGCGGGUGACCAUCAUGCGGAAAGACAUCCACCUGGCUCGUCGCAUUCGCGGAGAGCACUCUUAAACUUAGACUCCACAGGCUCCUGAUUAUUGCACUAUCCUAAACCCAAAGGCUCUUUUCAGAGCCACCCACCACAUCUAUAAAAGUGGUUGUAACCUUGUAUGUAAAUUUGA